AAUUGUAUACAAUGCAAUCGCUUGGCUCGUAAUUUAUUUGCAUUAAUGUGUAAAGUUAAGUAAACAUAUUUAAAAGCAUGUCUGGGGCAUCAGCAGCCAUGGACUGCGCAGAGAGCAGUGGAAUCACAGUGGUGGAUGACCAGGAAACACCUGCGCCAAGGGAAAAAACUUCCGGGUCGCCGGUGGUUGAAGGAGAAAACACCGUGUCGGCAGAAAAGGAAGGACAAGCCGCAAAAGAUGUGGAGAUGGAGGACCUGACACUCGAGGAUCCACCACAAACUGAAGCAAUCGACGCACCCGGUUCAACCAGGAAGCAACCCCCAGAUGAAGGUAAGACCCCUGAAGAACCUGGAACGGGGGGCGACGAAUUGGAGGACCCCAAGGAAGAAAACAAGGAAGAUGUCAGUAUUGACAUUGCAAGCAGCCCGGUACUGGUAGCAGUGGACUCGGACAGCAGCGUCGAGCUAAUAGAGAGUCCUGUGAAAUCCCCCUCCCUCGACGAAAGUGCUAAAGAUCCACCAAAAUCAGAUACUGUGGAUGAAGCUGCGGCAGUAGAGGCUAAGGAGGCCGAGGAAUUGGCGGAUAGGAGCAUCGAUCUGAUCAGCAGUCCCACAUCCGAGAGUACGCCCGAGAACGAUGAAGGGAUUAAAAAGCAGGAGCAACAGAAAAAUGAGCAGGAUCCAGGCGACUCCACGAAGGAAACAGAAGCUUCUGGCAUGGAAGUAGAUCAGGACUUUGAGGAUUCAACCGACGAAAACAAGAUAGAGGAAACAUCAAAAGAGCAAAAACCGGUUAGCUCCAUGGAAAUCGAAGAGCUCCCAAUUGUUGAUAAAAAGGAUGACGUCCUUGAGGUGGAGCUGGAAAAGGGCACUGUUCCUAAAGCUGCAGAGGACGAUUUGCCAUCAGAUGGAGAUGUGUUCUACGACAAGGAUUGUGUCAAUUGCAAUUGCAAGAAGCUUUAUAAACAGUACGUGUUGGCUAACAUGGCCACUUUGAACUUUUACCAGGUGGUCCGAAAGACUUCCAAGCAGCAGUUCCUCUGCAUGGGAUGCCAUGACACAGCCAUGGACGUGUAUGAGGAAUAUGCGGGUCAACUGCUGGCCAAGCAGCCGCUGCUGCUGAAGGACUUCCACCAGGAUCAAGCCGACUUUGUUGCUCUGGACAGCAGCGAUGAGGAGGAAGAGGAGAAGCCACCAGAAAAAUCUGACUUUUCGAAAAACAAGCUGCAGUUCAUUGAAGAAGAACUCGAAGAUGCCAUCAAGAAUGUGCUUAACAAGGUGGACUUUAAGGUUCAGCUAUCCUGGUCAAAGACGAUUCUCCAGGCGAAAGCGGACCACUUGGAGCGACAAUUUGCACUGGCAGAUGUGGAACUCGAAAAAGUUCAGUCCACCGCUGACAAAAUGCACUGUGCCCUGUAUAAUUCGUGUCCGGUGGCACACAAACAUCUGCCCGCCCUGGACAUCGAACCCAGUGUUAGUGACUACGUGCAUCAGGUUCCACCUGCUGGCGAGAUCGUACGUCCUCCAAUCCAAUUGGGAGAGACAUAUUACGCAGUGAAGAACAAGGCUAUUGCCAGCUGGGUGUCCAUAAAGGUAAUCGAGUUUACCGAGAGCACCUCCAUCAACGGAAACACUAUGAAGAGCUACAAGAUUAGGUAUCUCAACACGCCGUACCAGAUGAUCAAGACGGUGACUGCCAAGCACAUUGCCUACUUUGAACCACCGCCAGUGCGACUAACUAUUGGAACUCGAGUGAUUGCGUACUUCGAUGGCACCACUUUAUCGCGGGGCAAGGAUAAGGGCGUGGUGCAGAGCGCUUUUUAUCCAGGCAUCAUCGCUGAGCCGUUAAAGCAGGCUAAUCGUUACCGCUACCUGAUAUUCUACGACGAUGGCUACACCCAGUACGUUCCGCACCGGGAUGUCCGGCUAGUUUGCCAGGCUUCCGAGAAAGUGUGGGAGGACGUGCACGCCGCGUCGCGCGAUUUCAUACAGAAGUACGUGGAGAAGUACUCCGUGGAUCGUCCCAUGGUGCAAUGCACCCGGGGCCAAAGCAUGAACACUGAAUCCAACGGCACCUGGCUGUACGCGCGCGUCAUUGACAUCGACUGCAGCCUGGUGUUGAUGCAGUUUGAGGGAGACAAAAACCACACGGAGUGGAUAUACAGGGGUUCAUUGCGCUUGGGUCCUGUCUUCAGGGAAACCCAGAACACCAUGAAUAGUUCAAGCUCACAGCAGAUGCGUGUUCCAAGACGCACGGAGCCCUUCAUCCGGUACACCAAGGAGAUGGAGUCCAGCAGCAAAGUUAACCAGCAAAUGCGGGCCUUUGCCCGCAAGAGCAGCGCCUCCGGGCAGAAUGUCGCAUUAGCGGCAGCUGCAUCUUCAUCAGCCAGCUCUGCCGGAGGACGCACCAAUGCAGCCGGUGCCAGCACAAGUAAUAGCGCUAGUGCAGUGCGGCACCUGAACAACUCGACAAUCUACGUGGACGACGAAAACAGGCCCAAGGGCCAUGUAGUUUACUUUACAGCCAAGCGGAAUUUGCCUCCCAAAAUGUACAAAUGCCAUGAGUGCAGCCCGAACUGCCUGUUUAAGAUCGUUCACCGUCUGGACAGCUACAGUCCGUUGGCCAAGCCACUGCUCUCUGGCUGGGAACGUCUAGUCAUGCGUCAGAAGACCAAAAAGUCCGUGGUAUACAAGGGACCUUGUGGCAAAAGUUUGCGCAACCUGGCCGAAGUUCACAGGUAUCUUCGAGCUACCGAGAAUGUAUUAAACGUAGACAACUUUGACUUUACGCCCGAUUUGAAGUGCUUGGCGGAGUACUCUAUUGAUCCCUCGAUCGUAAAGGACACGGACAUAUCAAAAGGGCAGGAGAAGAUGGCGAUUCCGCUGGUAAACUACUACGACAACACACUGCCGCCUCCAUGCACCUACGCCAAGCAGCGCAUCCCCACCGAGGGUGUGCAUCUUAACCUAGACGAAGAGUUCCUCUUGUGCUGCGACUGCGAGGACGACUGCUCGGACAAGUCCAAGUGUGCCUGUUGGCAGCUAACGGUGGCGGGCGUGCGGUACUGCAACCCAAAGAAGCCCAUCGAGGAGAUCGGCUACCAGUACAAGCGGCUCCACGAGCACGUGCCCACUGGCAUCUACGAGUGCAACUCGCGCUGUAAGUGCAAGAAGAAUUGCCUGAACCGGGUGGUGCAGUUCUCUUUAGAGAUGAAGCUGCAGGUGUUCAAGACCUCUAAUCGGGGAUGGGGUCUGCGCUGCGUUAACGACAUCCCUAAGGGCGCCUUCAUCUGUAUAUACGCGGGCCAUCUGCUCACGGAGACGAUGGCCAACGAAGGCGGACAGGACGCCGGCGACGAGUAUUUCGCGGACUUGGAUUACAUAGAGGUCGCUGAACAGUUGAAAGAGGGAUACGAGUCGGAGGUGGACCACUCGGAUCCGGACGCAGAGGAGGACAACGGGGGACCCGAUGCCGAGGACGAUGAUGACUUCCGGCCAAACUAUCACUAUCAGCGCAAGAUCAAGCGCACUUCCAGAAGCAACUCCACGCAGAGCAGCGAGUUGGACUCUCAGGAGCGUGCGGUGAUCAACUUUAACCCAAAUGCCGAUCUGGACGAGACGGUGCGCGAGAACUCGGUGCGGAGGCUGUUCGGCAAGGACGAGGCGCCCUACAUCAUGGACGCCAAGACAACGGGCAACCUUGGUCGAUACUUCAACCACUCGUGCAACCCCAAUCUCUUCGUGCAGAACGUGUUCGUGGACACCCACGACCUGCGUUUCCCCUGGGUUGCCUUCUUCUCGGCCGCACACAUCCGCUCCGGCACCGAGCUGACCUGGAACUACAACUACGAGGUGGGAGUAGUGCCCGGCAAGGUGCUGUACUGCCAGUGCGGGGCCCCCAAUUGCCGCAUCCGUUUGCUCUAAGUCCUAGUUUAAGUUAGAGAUAAAUAAGCGAAAUUUCUUAAUUGAAAAACUAUUUGAAAUUAAAGUUUAAAUGUAAACAUUAUCUGGUCACCCUAA